AGCAUAUAUACAUAAAUAAAGAAUAUUAAUUUAAUAUUUUUACACCAUUUCAUAGACAAUGUUUAACUUUGUAAAAUUAGUUUCUGAACGACAACGCGGCGGUUGUCUAUUGCAUUUAUAUCCGUUUCCUUAAUUCACAAAAAAUCACGCUAGAUCUUGUGCUCGCCAUAACCUUUUUUCGCAAAAAUAUUGUCAUCAAAAGAAAUAAACGGAAUUACACAGGCAUUUGAACCAAAGGAAUCAUUCAUUUCAAGACCCAAGCGCCAACAUACGUUGUGGACCUUCGUCGCCGCAUGAAGACAUAGAACCAGCGAGGUUAAGACGUCGGAGGAACUGCUGCAUACAUUCGGUACGGCCAGCCAUCCUUCCUAACCUCGUCCCUGUGAGUUCAAUCUGUGCUAAUACCGUGCUUUGUUCAUAUUUCAGUUCUUGUGCAUCGCUAUAGUCAGCUUUGUGCCGUUGCUAGCAUCGGCUGACGCCACAGUACGAACAGGAAUAUUCACAAACCGUAAGUCCUUUCACAAACAACCAAAAUGAGCCUAGUUAAUGAUGAAGCUAAGCCUAAAUCUCGCGAUAGGUCUCCGUACAGUAGGCCCCCUACCGCCUUCUGUGACAAAGAUAGUGAGAAGUUGACUGAUUUAGUAAAAGGCAGAGGCAUAAUCAAAGGUCGCCUCACAAGACUAACAACCUUUAUUAAUAGCAUAACUCGAGAUCAAUUAAAUAGUCAAAAAUGCAUUGAUUUAAAACUGCGUAUGCAAGGCGCAGCCAGCUUACUUACUGAAUUUAAUAAUAUUCAAACAAUGAUUGAGAAGAUAGUGAUAGACUCUGAUUUAGAUUGCCAAUUAAAUCAACGAGAUUUAUUUGAGGAUAGCUAUUAUAGUGCCUUGUCACGAGCUGAAUACUUACUUAACCGAGCCGAAGUCUCUGAUGGCUCCAGUGUGUGUCAUAGUAAAAUAAAAUCAAUUAAAUUACCUGUCAUAUCUAUGCCUACAUUCGAUGGUUCAUAUGAGCAUUGGCUCGAGUUUCGAGAUACAUUUAUGUCUUUAGUUCAUAAUUCUAAUGAAAUUAGCGAUAUUCAAAAAUUUCAUUACCUAAAAUCCUCAUUAAAGGGCAGUGCGGAGUUGGUUAUAGAUUCUGUGGAGUUCUCAGCCAGCAAUUAUACUAUAGCAUGGGAAUUACUUCUCAAUAGAUACAAUAAUAGCAGUAUGUUAAUACACAACCAUGUUAAGGCCUUAUUUACCAUUCAGAAAUUAACUAAGGAGUCGUACCACAUGCUCAGGCGCCUAAUUGAUACAAUACUUAAGAAUUUAAGAGCUUUAAAAAUGCUUGGUGAACCCACUGAGCACUGGGAUACACUGGUCAUAUUCAUAGUCACUUCUAAAUUAGAUGAAACUACUGAACGCGAGUGGGAGCAAUAUAAGUGUACUAUUCGUAAACACAAUGAAACUAAAUCAUCACUAAAGGUGGAUGAUCUACUCACCUUUCUCAGGGACCGUGCUGAGAUGUUGGAAACAUUGCAAGCCUCUCAUAGUAAGAUUAAUCUUGAUUCCAAAAAACAAACUACACAUAAGGCUCAAUGCAAUGUCUCCACCAAGUCACAACAAAGUCGCACUACCUAUAAGAAGCCAUGUUUAAUGUGUUACAAUGAUCAUGCACUGUAUUCCUGUCCAAAGUUUUUGGAUGCUAAUAUAGACACUAAACUACACUUUAUAGCUACCAACAAGUUGUGUGAGAACUGUUUACGCUCUGGACAUACGUUAGAAACAUGUAAGUUUGGUCCGUGUCGAAAAUGUAAUAGAAAACAUAAUACGCUAAUUCAUAGUGACACGUCUAAUGACGCUCAAGUAAUGACGCUUCAUUCAAAUUGCAAUAAUCGUGAGCCGAGAGAUGUACCGACCGCGCCCGCGACCCCCGCGGUCCCCGCGGUCGACGUCCCCAUGCAUCGGUCUAGCACGGCACAGGUAAACAAGCCGCACAUAGAUAACACUCGCUAUACGUUCAAUAAUCAAUCAGUUAAAAGUAUAAAUUCUGUUUUAUUAUCGACUGCUAUGAUUGAAAUAGCGGAUAAUCACAAUAAUUAUCAUAUUGCACGCUGUCUUCUCGAUUCAGGAAGUCAACUUUGUUUUUUGUCUAAGGAUUUAUGUACAAAACUUAAUGUUACUUUAAUACAGUCCACUUGUGAAAUACGAGGAAUAGGUAACUCGGUUACAAACUCAACACAGAUCUGUGAUGUUAAAAUAAGAUCGCGCACCGGUGCCUAUUCUACGAGUUUAAAAUGUUUUGUGUUGCCUUACAUUUCAUGUACAUUGCCGGCGGUUGCAUAUGAUCAAAACGAACUAUUCAUCCCUGAACAUAUACAGCUAGCCGAUCCAUUAUUUUACGAGUCCCACAAUAUUGACAUUUUGAUUGGCGCAGAAAUAUUUUGGGAUUUAUUAUGCGAAGGUAAAAUAAGGUUACCAAAUGGCCCAGUUUUACAAAACACAAAAUUAGGUUGGAUAAUUUCAGGGCCUAUACACAGUAAUACGCACAAUAUUGAUAGGUCUUUCCAAUGUAAUUUUUCGCACGCUAUUGAAACACAAUUACGGCAGUUUUGGGAACUAGAGGAACUGCCUAAGGCUAGUCUCACACACACGGACGACGAGCGUGCUUGCGAAGAACAUUUUAUUAACACUACAACGCGCACAAGUGAUGGAAGGUUCUGCGUACAUCUGCCGCUUCAGAAGUCACCAGCUAGCCUUGGCGAGUCGUACACUCAGGCUAAAAUUCGUUUUUUAGUUUUAGAAAGACGCCUCGAACGUAAUAUUACUUAUAAAAAAUUAUACACUGAUUUCAUACAUGAAUACCUUGAUUUGGGUCAUAUGAAAAAGGUAAGUUCAUAUGGAACACCACAUUAUUUUUUACCACACCAUGGUGUAUAUCGGGAGCAUAGCUCUUCAACCCGAUUGAGAGUAGUCUUUGACGGAAGUGCUGCUACUAGUAAUGGAGUAUCCUUAAAUGACAUUCAGCUUGUCGGGCCGCCACUACAAAGUGAACUAUUUGAUAUUUUAUUGCGGUUUAGACGAUAUAGGUUUACUGCGUGUGCAGACAUACAAAAAAUGUACAGGCAGUGCCUAUUACAUGAGUCACAACGCGACAUGCAACUGAUUGUCUGGCGGGAUAAUCCUUCUGAGCCUUUAAGUAUGUACCAGCUCAACACCGUGACCUACGGCAUGGCAGCGUCACCCUAUCUUGCUGUUAGAUGCCUCAAACAGCUGGCACUUGAGUGUACUGACCCUGAUGUAAAGAGAAUCAUCUCUGAGGACUUUUACGUUGAUGAUAUGAUCACAGGUUGGGAUGAUAAACAUGAAUUAUUAUCAUUUUGUAACAAGACUUCAAAGUGUUUACAGUCCGGUUGUUUUCCAUUGAGAAAAUGGACAUUUAACUUUCAAUGUGAUCAGUCAUCAGGUCCGUUCAGCGCAGGUAAGGAGUUAACAUUAGGUGAUACUGUUCAGUGCAAGACUUUGGGUUUAGGAUGGUACAACACUAGUGAUGAAUUUUAUUUUAAUACGCAAUUUAAGAGUGACACUAACAAGAUAACAAAACGUAGUAUUUUAUCACACAUAUCUCAAAUUUUUGACCCCCUUGGUUUAGUUAGUCCAAUUAUAAUAAUAGUGAAAAUAUUAUUACAGCGACUUUGGUUAUUGCAAUUAGGUUGGGACGAUGUGGUGCCAAGCGAUGUUCUACUUACAUGGACUAAGUUUGCGAACGCCCUAUCGGAACUUAACACCAUUCGUGUGCCUCGUCAUGUUAUUAACACUACUGCUACACAUUCGGAGUUACACAUUUUUACCGAUGCAUCGCAAGUAGCGUACGGCGCUUGUAUUUACGUACGCUCAGUCAGCAGUGACAAUAAUUCAUUGGUGAGACUGUUGUGCUCAAAAAGCAAGGUUGCUCCUUUGAAGCCCGUUAGUAUUCCGCGGCUAGAAUUAUGCGGAGCUUUAUUAGGUGCAAGGCUAUACGACAAAGUGAAUAAGGCACUUCAUUUACAAUUUAAAAAUAUUAUGUUUUGGACUGACUCAACAAUUGUACUAGGCUGGUUACACAUGCCACCUAACUUACAAAAAACUUUUGUACAAAAUAGGACAUCAGAAAUACAUGAGUUGACGAGGGAACUUCCUUGGCGUCAUGUAAGUGGAAAAAAUAAUCCAGCUGAUUUAGUGUCCCGCGGUAUGUCGCUAGAAGAUCUCUCAACUUCUACGUUAUGGUGGGAAGGCCCGGCCUAUCUUCGCCAGCCCGAUUUUAGAUGCGAUCUGGUGCCUUCAUUUAUAAAUGGUUUGCCUGAUGAGUUACCAGAGUUAAAAUCGGGCGUGACGCUUUCUGCUGUGCCUGAUAAAGUUUCCGAGUCUUCCUUGUUUCCCUUCUAUAGAUUUUCUCAAUUUAAUCGCAUGAGACGCGCUGUCGCAUACGUAAAUCGGUUUAUUUAUAAUUCACGCAAUACUAAUAACCCGCGAUCAGGCGUCCUAUGUGUCGAUGAAUUGAGAGAGUCUGAUAUAACUUUAGCUAGGCUGUCUCAAUUGGAAUCUUUUCCAGUUGAAUACAUGUCGCUUACUAAAAAUAAUUGUUUAGGACAUAAACACAAUUUAGCAAAGCUAAGUUUAUUUAUUGAUCACAAUAAAUUAAUACGUGUAGGUGGUCGUAUUUCCAAUUCACAAAUUUUCUCGUUGGAUAAAAAACAUCCAAUACUCAUAUCUGGUAGCCAUCCUUUUGCUACUUUGCUAUUUCGGUAUGAGCACACCCGUUUGUUACAUGCAGCUCCACAAGCGCUUUUAUACAAUUUGCGAGAGACCUGGUGGCCUAUUAGUGGUAGGAAUCUUGCUAGGAAAGUGGUACAUAAUUGUAUUGUUUGCAAGCGGUUAAGGGGAAAAACUCCAACUCCUUUAAUGGGGAAUUUACCAAUGGAACGUUUGGACGCUACUUUUCCUUUUAUGCGUUGUGGUGUCGAUUACGCCGGGCCAAUGCUCAUGCUAAAUCGUAGGGGUAAAGGUUCGAGGACUACAAAAUGUUAUAUUUGUAUUUUUAUUUGUUUCGUGACUCGUGCCAUUCACUUGGAGCUAGUCAGUGACUUGUCCACUGAAGGGUAUUUACUUGCAUUAAAAAGAUUCAUAUCCAGACGUGGCAAACCUUUAGAAAUAUUCUCCGACAACGGUAGAAAUUUUGUUGGGCUUAUGAAUGAAUUUAAAAAGUUUAUAAAUAAUUGCUCAUCGGAGAUAAUAGAUUACGCAAUAAGUCAAAAUAUCAAGUUUACUUUUCUUCCUCCAUAUUCUCCUAAUUUUGGUGGUUUGUGGGAGGCUGGAGUGAAAUCCUGUAAGUAUCAUUUACGACGUGUCGUAGGAAAUGCACACUUAACCUUUGAGGAGUUUAGCACGGUUUUGGUUCAGAUUGAAGCCGUUUUGAAUUCCCGUCCCCUUAGUCCUAUGUCCACAGAUCCGCAAGACUUCACUCCUUUGAGCCCAGCUCACUUUUUGCUUGGCCGUCCACUUACUGCGCCUGCUUGUGAAGACGUGACUGAAAUUUCGACGAAUCGUCUUACUCGCUAUCAACGUGUGGAACAGAUUCGCCAGCAUUUCUGGUCCAGAUGGGCUAAAGAAUAUGUUUCUGAACUACAAGCAAGGACCAAGACAACAAAGGAUGAUACUCCGUUGAAGCCCGGAAUGCUCGUCGUUAUCAAGGAUGAUAAUUUGCCGCCUUUGAAGUGGCAUCUUGGACGAAUCAUCGACAUCUUCCCAGGAAAGGAUGGCGUUGCAAGAGUGGCAGACAUACGGACUUCGACGGGCAUUGUCAAACGAUCGUACAGCAAGAUAUGUCCUUUGCUUGAGUAGCAGAGAACACAUUGAAAGCACGAGCUUCCAAGGCCGGGGGCAUGUUGGAGCAUAUAUACAUAAAUAAAGAAUAUUAAUUUAAUAUUUUUACACCAUUUCAUAGACAAUGUUUAACUUUGUAAAAUUAGUUUCUGAACGACAACGCGGCGGUUGUCUAUUGCAUUUAUAUCCGUUUCCUUAAUUCACAAAAAAUCACGCUAGAUCUUGUGCUCGCCAUAACCUUUUUUCGCAAAAAUAUUGUCAUCAAAAGAAAUAAACGGAAUUACACAGGCAUUUGAACCAAAGGAAUCAUUCAUUUCAAGACCCAAGCGCCAACAGAU